CUGUAUCAAAAGAAAACAUAAAACAACGAUGCCUUCUGCCGUGUAUCGUGCAUGAAUGCAUACCUGAGACCUGAAGGAAGAGCUGGAGGUGGCAGUCAGGUCGAUGGAAGGGAAACCUCUCAGCGAACGCUCUGAUGAGAACGCACUGACACGAAUUCGCCGCUGAAAAAAAUCCGACGACGUCCAAUCCUCCGCCUGUUCUAUUUCGCGCCGACCCGAAAAUGGAGGUGCCGCCGGUUCUGCUGGACCUGCCGCACCUGAAGGUGACCCUUGGUAUAAUGACUCUGACAACCCUGGUGCUCGGGGUGCUGGUGAACCUGAUUGAACCCUACCUGCCAGCUUUUGUCAUCCAAGCCCUCCGGUACGGCAAGUUUGCGUACAGAGGACCGAAACAGUCUUGGAUCAAACCAAUCGAAAUUCCGAAAAGCUCAUUCAAACACUUCUACUACUUCGCCGCGUUUUACACCUCGUACAUCACUUAUCUAACCUUCUUCGUCUACUACGGCAACGCAGCAGUUCCUCACUGGUUCGUCAAGUACCUGGACCUGCUGGCGUCCAGCAAAAGAGAAGCAACCAUUUCUUCGAGUCGUGUCCUGGUGGCGUUGGUGCUGUUCUCCUUGCAGUGCUGGCGGCGUCUGUACGAGACGACCUGCGUGAGCGUCUUUUCCAGUGGAAAAAUCAACAUUGCCCAGUACUUAGCUGGAUUUUUCCACUAUAUAUUUGCUGCCGCGGCCAUCGUCGCAGAGGCGCCUGUCUUCGCUCUGAAGGGAAAGUCCGCUUCAGAAAACGACGGCUUAAGUGUGGGUUCAGUCUUAGCUGUCGGCAUUUUCCUCUGGGCUUUCAUUCACCAGUAUAGAUGUGCGUUGAUCCUUGCAAAUUUGAGGAAGGACAGUAAAGGAAAGGUUGUGACGACGAAACACCAGAUUCCAGUGGGAGACUGGUUUGAAGUCGUCUCUUCUCCUCACUUGCUGGCAGAAAUGUUGAUGUACAUUUGUCUUACAAUUCUUUUGUGGCCAAACUCUUGCUGGAUGUUCAUUUUGGUGUGGGUCCUCACCAAUCAGAUUGAGACUGCUUUGCUGAGCCAUUGGUGGUACAAAGAAACAUUCAAGGACUACCCGCAAGAUAGAAAAGCGCUUAUUCCGUGGAUAUAUUAGCUUGUAAGUUGCUUUAAAAUUUUUAUUUUUAAGUGUUCAAUAUAAAUAAGGUACUUGAAUCCAAAAUUCAAUAAUAAUUUGAACAUAUUGUAAUUUUUAAUCGCACAAACUGGUAAUUUUUAAGUUUGGUUACGGCUCAAAUGCAUUUAAAUGGUGAUAUGUGAGCUUUUUAAAGAUAUUUUGAUCACAAAUCGUUAAAACCUUCAGCAGUUUAGUCAGAAAAAAAAUGCGAAUUUGAUGGCGCUGAUUCUACAUCUCCUAUGUUUAAAGUUUUACGUUUUAGCCAGUUGAAAUUGAAAGACUGUCAAGUCUGUGUUGGUUAAGUUUUGUAUGUUGAUGCAUUUUAAAAUAAAAUUAAUGUUGAUACUUACA